AUGUCAUCGUACACGUACGACCACUCGCCGAGCAAUGUUGAGAGUUUACUCGCAGAACUGCGUAAACAUGGUAUUGAAUACACGCUUGACACUCACGAGCGCGAUGCCAAAGCCAACACCACGCACUCGCCCGCAGCACCUCACGAGACACCGUUAGCGGUUCUUUUCCCCACUUCAACACAGCAGACAUCAAUCAUCCUCAAAUCAUGCAACGAUCGGCUGAUCGCUGUGACGUCAUUCUCUGGUGGAACGAGUUUCGGCGGUGCACUCACGGCGAGCCGUAAUGGCGUAUGCGUCAGUUUUGAGUGCAUGAAAGAGAUUAUCGCGGUGCAUGAGGACGAUAUGGAUGUUGUUGUGCAGCCGGGGCUGGGAUGGAUGGAUUUGAAUGAAAAGUUGGAAAGUAAAGGCUUGUUUUUCCCUGUGGAUCCUGCGCCUGGGGCGAAGAUUGGGGGGAUGAUAGCAAUGUCCUGCUCAGGCACAAACGCCUACCGCUACGGCACCAUGAAAGAAAACGUCAUUUCCCUCACUUGCGUGCUGGCCUCCGGCCGCAUAGUAAAAACCCAUAAUCGGCCCCGCAAGUCCUCUGCAGGGUACGACCUCACUCACCUUCUCAUCGGUUCUGAAGGCACCCUCGGCCUCGUCACAGAAGCCGUGCUGCGCCUUUCCCCCCUCCCCAAGAACCUGCACGUGGGCCUCGCCAUGUUCCCCUCGUUCCAGUCCGGCGUGGAUUUCGUAGUCGAACUCCAGAAAACAGGGCACGUGCUGGAAGCCCUGGAGCUAGCAGACGGCCCGCAAAUGCAGUGUGUCAAUGUCUCGCGGCUAUCUAGCAUCACGUGGGCCGAGAUCCCUACUUUGUUCUUCAAAAUCGCGGGUCCAUCGAUCGAGCUUGUGCGGGAGCAACAGCGUAUCGUGACCGAAUUGUGUCGCAAGUAUUCCGCGAGUAGGUUCCAAAUCGCAUCGCAAGAGACGCAUGGGGAGAGCGCAAGUGCGAUUUGGCAAGCGCGGAAAUGCAUGGGACAAGCACUUGUUUGUAUGAAGAAGAGUCCCGAGGAUUUGUUUCUGCAUUCUGACUGCGCGGUUCCUAUAUCUAAACUUUCAGAUCUUGUUCAGGGCACGCAGGCACUCAUCUCAAAGGCUGCUGCUGCGACGGGGAAUCAGGGAGGUUGGUUCUGUGCUAAUGUUGGACAUGUCGGGGAUGGCAAUGUGCAUUCUUCGAUUGUUUGUCUUGCGGCUGAUCGCCGGGCUGCGGAGGCGGUGUUGAGGGAUGUGGCGAGGUUGGCACUGAGUCUUGAAGGUACAAUCACGGGGGAACAUGGUGUUGGAUUGGAGUUGAGGGAUGCAUUAGAGGAGGAAGUAGGGAUGAGUGGGGUGGAGAGUAUGAGGGCUAUCAAGGCGGCAUGGGAUCAGAAGGGGAUAUUGAAUCCAGACAAGGUUUUUAGGCUUGAAGGCGGGAGGAUGGAGAGACUUUGA